AUGCCUUUCAUUAAGCCACCAAAACAUUACAGUAAUCCUACUGAAAGCGAAAGAUAUAAAGUUGUAGAUGAGAUAUUGGCGGCACCAGACUAUUACCGAAUUUUAGGAGUUACAAGAAAUGCAUCAACAGAAGAAAUAAGAAGAGCUUAUAUCAAAAAAAGUAGAAUAUGUCAUCCUGAUAAGUUUGUUCCAGCCUAUCCUUUAGCAACUGAAAGUUUUCAACUAUUGUCGAUCGCCUAUGAAACGCUGAGUAAUCCUUCUUCAAAAUUAUUAUACGAUCUAUCGAAUCAUAAGCAAAGAUCAGCCACUACUGCUACAGGAUGUCGAUAUUCAACUUUUGCUGCUGCUGCAAAGAGUGAAGAUGAAGAAGUCAACGCCAAUCAAACGCUUCAGCGAGUUUUACAUCAGUUAUUCAUUGAAAUGCUAGAAGGAGAAUUUGAAACCAUGCGUGCAUUUAUUUACGCCUUAAAUGGAACAAACCCUGGAAUACAUAUUACAGAUGAUACCAUAGCUCAAAUAGAAUUAGGCUUUCGAAAGAUGCGGAAGUUAGUGUUAUCGAUACAGUUCGAACUGAUGAAGUUAUACGAAUUGCAACACGAAUUACGGUCACUUUCUUAUUUUAGUUUGUGGAAAAGGAUGGGGCUUUCUAUCACUAUUUGCAGAAUACUGUUACAAUUACCCAUCAUCAUCAAUACUGAAGUAAAGCAAAAGCAAUCUAGAGCAGUAGACGAAGAACGACAAGAAAGACAAGGCUCAAUAGGAUCACCAUCGUCAGCCACAACGGCUACAAAGAAUAAGGAAGGCCUUGGAAUUUUGAAUUCAAGAAUUGAGGGAGCUUUACAAAUAGCAGUGCAAUUACUGGAAGCAAGCGAAAAAUACGUAAAAGCCUGUAGGUCGCACACUUAUCCGGGGCCUGAAUCAAUAGCAGAAAGCAGUUUGGUCAUUUUAGAAUACGCCCAAACUCUAAAAGAUACAGGCGAUCCAAGCUUUUCUGUCAGCGCUCGUGAAGACUUGGCUGCUGGAUAA